AUGUCUCAAAUACCUGCCAGCCAGCACGGCACUCAAAACUUCCAGCCGCACCCCACGAUGUUUCCCGUGCCGCAGACGCCGAAGAAGCACAAGUACAUCUGUGCCGAAUGCAACGCUGACAACGAGAUCAAGGCUGGAGAACCUAUUCGAUGCAGAGAUUGUGGACACCGAAUCUUUUACAAGCCGAGGACAACUAAGAUGGUUAGUGCAAUUCGAAGCUCGAUGAACCCCGUCUCCUCCAGCCAACUCUCCCAUUCUCAUUAA